UCCCCCCUCCCCGCCGGCCGAGGGGCCAGCCUGCCCCCUCCGCCGCCCUGCCUUUCUGCCUGCCGGGGGGGCUAGGGGGGCAGAGGAGGAGCUUGCGAAAAGUUUUGGGCUAAAAACCCACCGUUUUGCUGCCAGCCGAGCCCGACGUCAGGGGCCGCUGUGCGCUGCGCAGGGAUCCGCACGCGGCCGGCACACAAAGGCAGCAGCUCGGCACCGCGCUGCUCCGCUCCGCACCGCAGGCAGGAUGCAGGUUCGAGGCCUCCUCCUCCUCCUGGUACUGAUCCUGCUGGCUGCCACCACUGAGGCUGGCAAAACCAAGAAAGAGAAAGCAAAGAAGGAUGGCUCCAAGUGUGAGGAUUGGCGCUGGGGACCUUGUGUUCCCAACAGUAAGGACUGUGGCCUGGGCUACCGUGAGGGAACUUGCAAAGAUGAGAGCAAGAAGCUCAAGUGCAAGAUCCCCUGCAACUGGAAGAAGAAAUUUGGAGCUGACUGCAAGUACAAGUUUGAGAGCUGGGGAGGGUGUAGUGCUCAGACAGGCUUGAAGACUCGCUCAGGCAUCCUGAAGAAAGCCCUGUACAAUGCCCAGUGUGAGGAGAUCGUCUCUGUGACCAAGCCCUGCUCUUCCAAGAUCAAGUCAAAGUCCAAAGCAAAGAAAGGCAAGGGGAAGGACUAGAACAGGAAGCCAUCAUCUUCAUCGGCCCCUAAACAUCGUACCUACAGGACUGGAUGCCCAGCUGCAGCUGGCCCAUGCUACAGUCUUCCUUCUCCUCUCCUUCCUCCUUUCCAUGACCUCCUGUUUCUCUGAGAUGCCUUGUUUUAAUCAUUAGUGUUGUAGAGAGCAAACCCAUCCACCCAUCCUGCAGGAGAGGCUGCUUCCGUCCUUGCCACCCCACUGCCACUGCCAAUGCCUCUCACUCAUCUUCUCUCAGCUUGUGUUGGGGUUCAUGGGAUGCGCCCAGAGAGCUGGGAUGGGAACACACAUUUUUCCACCCUCCAGCACAAAUGAGUUGCCUUUAGCACAUCCUUUGGCAAGUCCAGGAGCCUUAUUGUUCCUCCACCAGCUACCAGUGACAGAGGGAAGGGGUGGGUGUUGAAUGCCAGAGUAACUCUAUUACUCCUGCCCCUUACUCACUUGAGGACUGCUCUCAGCUCAGGAGGCUUAUUCUAGCAUCCCUUUGGCUAGGGCACAAGUUACCUGCAGCUGAGGUAAACACAACCAUCACCCCCAGGAACCACUGUGUCUCCUCUCUAUCCCUUCUAACCAUGUGUGUUCACACUAGGGCUGCAGCCCCUCUGCCUUUGCCACACCAACACUGGUGCUGGGUGGGAGCUCUCACUCCUUCUGGAAAUGGGGUUUGUUUUCUUUUCCAAUAAAAAUCUUUUUUUAAAAAGUAUCAGAACCAA